UCUCCAGAUUCUUCCGCAGAGUUCGACGAAAAAAAAUUGUUCGUUCUCUUGUUGAUGAUCUUCUUCGCCGAUUCGAAUCUGAUCUGAAAAUGGUGCAAGAAGGAUCGGCAGCAAGCGCUUCAGAAUCAGAACAACGAGCGAUUGAAUCGAGACCACUCGAAAGUGGAAAUGAUGCGGAUAGUUUUUUUAGCCCUAGAUUCAAAUCGGCGGCAGCCAUGGCUGGCUGGGACGAAGAGGCGCUUCUAAUCGCGAGCCUCGUCGUCGACGACACGCCUGAGAGAGAGUUCCAGCAGAAGAAACGGUCUGUUCUGCAUCGCAAAAGUCCUACGUCGGGUUCGAGAAGGAAACGAAGGAUUUCGACUAGCAAAAUUUCGAUUCCGGUGGCUGUUCUUGACCUCGAUGCAGAAGAACCGACCGUGAAAGAUGAUGCUACAAAACAAGAUCCAGAAACUGCAGAGGCUGAACCAAAGAAAAGUGAAUCGUUGAUUGAACAAAAAGCUGGUGCUUCUUCUCUAUCAUGUUCAACUCUCCCAUGCAUUGAUAAGCUCAGAGAAGAGCUCUCUUGUGCUAUUUGCUUGGAAAUUUGCUUUGAACCUAGUACCACACCUUGUGGACACAGUUUCUGCAAGAAAUGUCUAAGAUCUGCGGCUGACAGAUGCGGAAAAAGGUGCCCUAAAUGCAGGCAGCUAAUAAGCAAUGGGAGAUCCUGCACCGUUAAUACAGUUCUUUGGAACACAAUACAACUUCUCUUUCCCCAGGAGGUUGAAGCAAGGAAGGUAGUAGCAAAAGAGUGUAGUAGCCAUGAGAAGAAGGUUCAAGACCCGGAAAAGGCCUUUUAUAGUAGUCUGCAGAACCAUAAUACACAAGCAACCGACACGUCGAGUAGGCGUGGUAGUAGUUCAAGAAGAAGAGGGGAAAUAACAGUUCGAGGCGACGAGGAUGGUGAACGGGACAACAGGGUGAUGCAGCAAGCUGCGUCUUCGAAUGCUGAAAGCAGAGUCCCAUCCAGAAUGCACCGUAGAAGCAUUCGAUCAAUGAGGAUGGCGACUCGAGAUGCAGAUGUAAGUAGUAGGAGAGGUACGCCAGACCAAGAUCAGGAUGCUGCUUUGGCAUUGAGGCUACAGAGGGAAGAGUUUAUGGAGGCUUUUAGAGACACUCCAGUGCAAACCAGAAGAAGCUCGCUGUCCUUGGCUAGAGCCAAUCUUAGAGAAAUGGCUUCUAGGGCGGCUGUUAGUCGCCACCACCGGAAUUUAUAACCUUGUACUCAUCGACUAAUCUCAUGAUACAACUGUUAGUGUCCCGUCCUACAACAUUGGGUUGUAAUAAAGUCUUUGAAUCUGCUUAUUUGAA